GACAUUAGGCGGACAGCCUUCGUACCGGGAGCACGGCUCACUCCCCCGCGCCACUCAAAUAUGGAAUACGCGCGCGAACGGUGGUGUAAGCCAGAUGUAAACUUACGAAACUAAAUCGAAAUUUUGCGAACAUCAAUUAAAUAUUGUGUCGAAAAUUUUGUCCACAAAAAUGGAAAAAGUGCCACUGUGUGUUUGUUGUUUUUAAAUAUAUACGCUAUAGUGUGAAUUUAUAUGAUAAUAUGAUGUGACUGAGUUUAGUUUAAUUUUGCUGUGCAUUUAGACCAUUAAAUUAUGUAAUUAUGAGAUUUUCUGAUUACGUAAAAAUGAAGUUUUUGGCGUUCGUUGCGUUGUGUGUGACGACAUCAGCACACGACAUAUCGCAGCUCAAGGUCCCGUUGUACGCAGACCCCCGGCGGGCAGCCGAGCUCAGCUGCCACUUCAAGAUGGAUGAACAGAAACUACAUUCUGUCAAGUGGUACAGGGACACUAACGAGAUAUUCAGAUAUAAUCCCACACAGCAGCCUUCAAUCCGUCUUUUCAACAUAUCAGACGUGAUGGUGCAAGGCGGGGAAUGUCAGCCAGACUACUGCGUGGUCAGGGUCAUGCCUCCUCCGAUAUCCACGAGAGCCGCGUACACCUGCGAGGUGUCCACAGAAGGACCCAGGUUCCAGAUAGCGAGGAAGACGAAGCAUAUGACUGUUGUUGCGAUGCCGCAGGCGGAUCCCGUGAUAAUCGGAGCGCCAAAAGUGUUGAAACCUGGGGAGCAAGUGUUCCUGAACUGCACGUCCGAUUUCUCCCUACCACCGUCGGAUAUUAAUUGGUACAUCGACGAGGAGCUACAAAAGCCCGAGCCGUGGCAGAAGACUGAAGUGACGGGCCACCAGCCGGGCGGGCUGCGUCGCUCGUGGCGUGUAAUGCGCGUGCGCGUCCCGACCACUGCGAGCGGGGCGCUGCGUGUGCGCUGCGAGUCAAUACUGUUAGUGGAGCCCCCUGUAGUCAGGGACGCGAACACCAUCAUCACUAUACACUCGCGCACUCAACUGUCUAAAUAUGUGUCUAAUAUUAGUGGUACAAAUGUAGUCAAUACGGGCUUGUUAAUAGCAACAAUUGUAUUAUGGACGUUUAUUAAAAUAUCAAGAUUAACGAGCUUAUGAGAUUCGGUGUGAAAUAUUGUUUGGUGAUAUUAGUGUUAAGUGUAGAUAUUAUCGGGAAUGGCCUGUAUUAACAUACAAAAAAUGUAACUAUGUAUACAAAAUAUAAGAAACCAGUUUUUGUUUACCAAAUCACUUCAGAAGGUCAUUGAAAUAUGUUAUUUUUUUUCAGUAACUUGUAAUAAAAAAGGAUCAUAGCCUAAAUUAAUUGCUUUUUGUAUGAGACUGAUCUCCGAUCACUUUGUAAAAGUUGUUCCAACAUAUAAUUAUUGUAAAAAAUAAUUGAUUCAUGAAUAAUACCAACAAAAUAAUUACAUCGAAAAGGUUCUCUUUGGCCAACAAUUACUUUUUGAUUUUGAGUAAUUUGUGUUCAGAAAAAACCUUCAUAAAGGAAACAAGAAAUCCUUCUUUAAUUUUGAUAUUUAACAUUUAAAAUAACAGAAUAUUACCUACCAAAAUCUCCACUAUUCAUUUCUGAACAAAUUCAAACAGCGAGCUUUUCACAACAAAAAUCAUGAGGGAUAAAGCUAAAGAAGGCUAGAUUAAGAACAUUGUAGAAAAAAAUAUUAAAAAAUAAAAGAUAACAUACCCAUAGACCUCAUUCAUGAUGUAUCGCGGAAGAAUAUAUAAUUAUUUUUUGUACGUUUCUGAAACGUUAGUGAAAAUCAUCAAAAAAGUGUAUAAAAUGAAUUUGUUGAUAAGUUCAUAGAUAAAUUAAAUGUAAUAUAAACAUAAGUUGUAAACAUUGUAUUGUUUUUAAAUGAAAGAGAUUUAUUUAAAAUGAAAAUAUUGUCACUUAUGUACCUACUUUCAUGUUUAUGUAAAGGGCUCACAAAAGUUAUAGCAAAAAAACAAAACACAGUUUAAAAAUAGACGGUUUGAAGUACUCGUAAGUACCGAUCAAAUUGAGCCUGAACCUUACGGUUGGGUUCAUACAUACUUAUAUAAUAGGCAUAAGGUUAUCCUUAUGCCUGUCUUCUAUGGAGUAGAUGGUAUAAUGGAACGCGAAUUGGGUUCAAACAAAAAAUAAAACAAUACAAGACGAAUACAAUUUCCUAAAAGCCCAUUUUUAUUUAUUUAUGUCUGAAUGACUCAUAAUUUCUGUAUAAAAUUUGAUAAUUGCAAGAAAAUAUGCGAAAUCAAUUAUGUAGUACGACUAACUUACUAUAACUGUUUGACAAGGUAACUCGUUACUUGGGCGUCACUGCUCAUGACUAUGAGCCCCUUGCGUGGCUUGAAACCAGUCGAGUUACCACGUCUAGUAGUAGUUACACGAGAAAGUCGUACUAAUUAAACAUAAUUAAUUAACGUUUUCAAUGAGUUGUAUAAAUUAGUUAUACUAAAAAAAUAAAAUUAAUAGUUUUAAAUAAAUAGGCGUUAAUCUAUGGCUGUGUUUUUCACUUAAGGUAACGUCAAUUCUUUGCACUACAUCAUCUUUUAAAAUAUUAAUGUACAGUGACACAUAAUUGUUGUUUUUUGGUUUAAUUUUUUUAUAAUUUUUAUUAUUGUAUUAAUGUAAAUUUUAACUGGGAUACGUAAAUAAAGUUAUGAUACAAAUUGUA